AAGGUUCUGGAGAUCAAGGAGCGCGAGUUCGGGCCCGACCACCGCGAGGUGGCCAUCACGCUGAGGAAUCUUGGGAACGCGUACGGCGACCUUGGCGACUACGCCAAGCAGCGCGAGCUCCUCGAGCGCGCGCUCGCGAUCCAGGAGCGCGAGUACGGCCGCGACCACGUCGAGGUGGCCACCGUGCUGAUGAACCUCGGGAACGCGCACGGCUCCCUCGGCGACUACGCCAAGUCGCGCGAGCUCUACGAGCGCGCGCUCGCGAUCGAGGAGCGCGAGUACGGCGGCGACCACGUUCAGGUGGCCAAGACGCUGCACAACCUCGGGAGCGCGCACGGCGACCUCGGCGACUACGCCAAGCAGCGCGAGCUCCUCGAGCGCGCGCUCGCGAUCGAGGAGCGCGAGUACGGCGGCGACCACGUUGAGGUGGCCAGCACGCUGGGAAAUCUCGGGAACGCGUACAACUCCCUCGGCGACGCGGCCAAGUCGCGCGAGCUCUACGAGCGCGCGCUCGCGAUCGAGGAGCGCGAGUACGGCCGCGAACACGUUCAGGUGGCCAGCACGCUGGGAAAUCUCGGAAAUGCGCACGGCGACCUCGGCGACUACGCCAAGAAGCGCGAGCUCCUCGAGCGCGCGCUCGCGAUCUUCGAGCGCGAGUACGGCCGCGACCACGUUCAGGUGGCCAAGACGCUGCACAACCUC